AUGAUAUCAACAUUGGAUACACUUAUGACAGUGCGAAUGCUUCUAAAGGAUGAUAUUAGAAGUGCUAGAUGUCAAUAUAUUGUAACAGAAGCAUUCAAAUCAUGGAACUCUAAAGAUUGUCGACGUCGUCUUCAUGAAAUUCAAGUGUUGGGAGAUGUCAGUGAUGAUUAUCAACCGGUGAAGCAAGUUCGUUCAGUUGCUAAAAGACGUGCGUCUUUUAUCGGAUCUCAAAUUAGGUGCAAGAAGUCGAAAAACUUGAAAUCAAAAGCAAUUAAAUGUGCAAACGGGUGUAAAACAAGUAUUUCUGGAGAUGAUCCAACACAAAAAGAAGCUAUACAAUGCUGCCAUCAGGAUGAUCAAUUUGAAUGGAUUGAAUAUGAUGAGAACUGUUCCAGGUGGUUAUGUAAUGGGUGCAGAAUAAAAUUGAAAAUCACAACAGAUUCGAUUUGGUUUUCCUCAGAUCAUAUUGAUAUGCACGACGAUGAUAAUAAUGAUGAACCAAAUUAA